CACCAUUCUUGUCCGGGUCGUGUCCCUGUACUUCAUUAUGCCCCGGAAAAUUCGGUCCAUCGCUCGGCUUUUGUCGGUGCGCGCGGCCGGCCCUGCAUUUGUUCGCGCACUGUCGUCCGCCUUUUACAAGGCUUCUCUACCGUUGUGUUAUUGCCGACGGCGGCAGCUGCUGUUGACGCGACUCGCCGGUGGUCGACCUCAACAGUUGGCUCAAGGGCGUCCGUUCUCGUCUCUGUAGAUUAUUAUGGAACAAAACAUCGAAGAAAUUCAUCAGAAUUUAUUAAAAUUUGGUUGUUGUCAUGUAUGCACAACUAGACAUCUUACAAAACCGUCUUCAGUGGACGUUAAUAAGCUCAUUGCAGCGUCAUCUUUAGAUCACGAGAACCCAAAACGCCAUAAAAGUAAUCCUUGCAUUGCAUGUUUGGGAUUGUUCCAAAAUCCACAAAAAGACCAAAUUAUUAACGAGAUUAUUUCUUAUUUAAAGUUGGCUAAUUAUGAUUCAGAUACAUUCAAUAUAGCAUUCAACUUGCCUAUGUGUACAAUUCUGAGAGGCCAUUCUAUAUCACUUUAUGUUUCAAAAACAAGAAUAUCAUUUAACCCUUUAGCGCCAACUGCAUUUGUAUGUGUCAAAGACGCUUGGAAACUCAUGGCCGAAGACGCUAUUGUGAAAGCCACGGGAAAACGUUUCGAUGUACAUUCCCCGUUGUUAAUCACUGCUACUUUUUCUUAUGAAAACGACAAACAAGAAUGUGAUCAAUUAAACACGAUAAUAAGACUUAGCAACAAAAAUCUACAAGAAAUUUUAACUCAAAUGGACAACAAAGAUUUCGUCAGCCAAUACGGAGACUUGCCUUCUAUACCAUCUUCGACCAUUAUUUUCAAAGGCGUGUCUUCUCGACACGAAAGCGUUCAUAUAGCUGGUCGGUACAACAAAUGGUCUAGGACGCUUUCUCAGACUCCUUGGAUUGUGGACCAGGAAAGGCGCCUCGAGAGUUCAGUAGAAGAAAUCAUAUCAGAGCCAAUAAAAAAACAUACGUUGGUCGACAGUUUUAGAUUUUCAUCGUCCGGCAGAGAAGAUAUUGACGUAAGGAUGUUGGGAAAGGGCAGGCCUUUUGCUCUUGAAUUAGUCAACCCUAAAAAAACCAAGUUUAGUUUCGAAACGUUCAGAGAAAUUGAAAAUGAUAUAAAUAAAAAUUCACUAGUAAGAGUUAAGCAUUUACAAAGUGUUACGAAAGAUGAUUUAAAACAGUUGAAAUCAGGUGAGGAGUUUAAAAUUAAAUUUUAUCGGGCACUUUGUUAUGCCAAAGGUGAAUUGCCAGAUCUCGACAAGCUCAAUAAAUAUACAUCGGUUGAUCUGGUCCAAAACACACCAAUACGAGUUUUGCAUAGAAGAGCGAACAUGGCCAGGAAUCGAACUAUACACUCUAUAAAUGGUAGUGCCGUUAAAGUUGACGGUAACAGUGAUUGUUCCUUCUUCAACGUUGUUCUUUCCACUCAAGCCGGAACAUAUAUUAAAGAGUUUGUCCAUGGAGACUUAGGCCGCACAACUCCUAGCCUCAGAACUAUUCUGGAAAACGACACAAUUGAUAUAUUGGCUUUAGAUGUUUUAAGUAUUGAAAUUGACUGGCCUAUGUCUGUAAAGUAUUAAAAACAUAUUUUGAUAUUUAUUAUUAAAUUUGUUAUAAUUUUUGUUUUA